AGUCUACUUAUAGCUAGUGUGGUUUUACACAAGCCAAACAACAUAUCAAAUCAGAGCUGAGCUUCAAUUCGUCCCAUAGCUAUCCAAUUCUUGCUUGCUUAGCUAGCUUCUUCAUCGUCAACAACACUGAUUUUGAGAGUAUACAUUUUAAUUUCCAGUUAUUAUAAUUUAUAAUCUCCAUGGAAGCCGAUGAUAUGAGUCUUCGGGUGGCUUCAUUUUCUUGCUACCUCAACAACCCAGAAGAGAGCUUGGUGCAGAGGAUUGCCGGAGGAUCGUCGGAAGAUCUCCAGCGGCCGGACGCUCCUCCGUUUCCGGUUAGAGCUAGAGCGUCGUCGGCUAACGUCGUCCAAGGAGUGAAGCCGCCAUCGUCGAACGUUAAGAUCCCGAAAGCCGCAGCCAUGGAUCGUAGUAAAGAUCACAAGGUUAGUACUGCUUCCGAUCAUGGCGCCGGCGAGUCAUUUUCUUCUUCUUAUCUUAGGACACCGGAAAACAACAAUAAUAACAGCGGUUUUGCGUUCAAGACUACUGCCUCCGGUCCGGUUGAAGAUCCUACAGUUUCGUUCGUAUUUCCACAGCACAUGAACCCCGCGGCGGCGAAACAUCUUGAAAGAAGGAUCGCCGGAAAAUCAAGAAAAGAAGACGGGGAAAUCAGCAUCUUCGACGCUGAUAAGUACUUCAACAUGAAACUGGAUCAGAAAUUGGAUUUAGCCUACACAGCCCCGAUUCGAUCGGGGAAGCUGGUUAAUAAGAACAAGAACGAAAUCCCAGCCGUCGAAUCAAAAUCCAGCACCGUUAGCGGCGUCUCCUCGGAGCCAAGCAGCUUUGGUAGCAAGGCCGUUUUGUUGCAUAAUCCGAAACCAAGAAAGGCGGCGGUUAUUCGGAGGAGCUUUUUUGGUCGUUUCGGCUGUCAGGGCCGCUGUCUAGACAAGAAAGCUGUUGUGAUUGAUGAUCAUCAUGGAUCAAAACAGACGGCGGCGGAAGAUUCCCAGAAACAUUCUGCAGGGAAUACCUCAAAAAGAGAAGAACAUCCUGCGACGACAAAGCCGCCGAUGGAAGAAGAACCAGUAGAUGAGCAAAGAAAAUCUCUAGAAGUGUUUGGAGCUCAUAAAACGAGAAAGGGCGAUGUCGCCGUCAACUUGGAGAGAAAACUGUCGGUGUUAACCUGGGACGCCAUUCCCAAUUCACCACAAUUACAUGCUCCCACGACGGCGGCUGCAACAACCAGCAACACAAUCUGCGACGACAUGACUAGCGACGCAAGCUCCGAUUUGUUCGAAAUCGAGAACAUCUCCGACAGCACCCGACACAGUUUAAUGUUAGCUUCCCAGACGACGGCCGGCGACUACUGCGCCUCCCCGGUCACUCAUUACGCCCCCAGCGAGGCCAGCAUCACGUGGAGCGUCGUCACGGCGGGCGUGGCCGACCACUCCUCCGUAAUCUCGGACUACGACGAAAACACUGUCAGCAUUGUCGGUAAAACAGGCAAAUUUAAGGAUGUAACCGGAAAACCGCCGACAAAACCCCGUUUCACCGGGCUUUUGGGAUGCAACAGCCACGGCAACCUGAAUAUAUCCGAAACUGCGCACAACACCGGCGACCGGAGAAAGCUAGGAAAGUCUAUACAUAAUUGUCAUUCGCCGGACGAUUUCUCAUCACAUCAUCAUCUCCAUGCAUGACCUGAUGAGCAGAAACCUACGUUCGGAGUCCCAUACUCCUAAUGUUGUCGGACUUCACAAAUAGAUUAUUAGUAGUUAAUUAGUCACAAUUGCAAAAUUAUUGAACCAAAAACAUUUAGUUUGUAUUAUAUAUUUCUGUUUUUAGAGUUAUUUAAUUAUCCGGGAUGAUAU